AUGGCGUCGAACCGCAUCCCUUCUGACAGCACGGCGACCUCGUCUGGCGCUGAUGUGAUGGAGGUGGACCUGGUCAGCAACCCAUCCUCAUCGCGCCGCACAUCUCUCACCGCACCCUCCAUCCACGAAACUCCGCAGACCUACACCGAUCGCUUGCAGCACAUUGCGCACCUACAAGCCCGUCUGCAGAACCUCCACCUAGAUGCUCAGCGCGAGCUCAACCUGCAACCCAAAUCCACGCAGCUAGAGCUUGGCACACAAACUCGCGGCAUCUUCGACGCUUAUGCUAAGCACGGUAGCGAAGCCCGCCUCUCGCAGUCGAUCGCGGCCUUCCUUGGCUCCGAGCGCAAUACCGAUACCCUCCAGAUCUGGUCGACGGAUGAAGCGGCCGCCGCAUCCGCCGCCGCCGCCCAAAAGAUGAUUCAGCUACGCAUCCUCGCCGCGGCCCGCGCCAUCAAGACGGCCAAGCACACCACCGUGGCAAACGAGAUGCCUGGCCAUAUCAACACCAUCCCGGACGCCGACAUCACCGACUCACCGCUGGACGGGCGCCGCACCACCACGAACGACGAGCCCACGACCCCCUUGAUCCGCGAAUGGGAGUUUGCGCCGGUAGACAUCACGCUCAGCAUGCCCAACCACCUCGACCUCCCACCCACGCUGCUCCCCACCGUCUCACGCAUCCUGAACGUGUACAACCUGCAGGCGAACGCGCGACUACACCACCACGAGGCCAAAUACAUCACGCUGCAUCCGACACCGCACAAGACGGUUCACGGCUACGCACUGCUGCGGCUGGGGGUGAGCGAGCGCUUCGCCGAGUUGGUGGGUCAGCUGUUCGACACGGAGCACACGAAUGCGAUGGGCCUGUCGCAGGAGCGGCGGGCGUGGCUGAGGGAGUGUUACGAGAAGAUGGGGGUGCAGGGGCAAGGCUUGAAUCAGAGGGAGGCGGAGAUGGUGGCGGGCAUGGUGGGGUUGGAUGUGGAGGGGGUGCAGGAGUGGUGGGAGGAGCAGGGGCGGAAGUUGAGGGGGUGGAAGGCCAUGCGCGUGUGGAUUGCGGCGAGGGAGCUGGAGUUGGUGCGCAAGGCGAAGCUGGAGGGACGUUAUUAG